AUGGAUUAUCCCAAGUUAAUUCUACUUAUUAGUGGAAAACGAAAGUCCGGAAAAGACUUUCUAUGCGAAAAACUAAAAGACAUAUUAGAAGAAAAAUGUACAAUUAUAAGAAUAUCAGGGCCUUUGAAAAGCCACUAUGCCAAAGAACACAACCUAAAUUUAACAGAAUUAAUGAGCAAUGGAAUUUAUAAGGAGAAAUAUAGACUCGAUAUGAUAAAUUGGAGUGAUGAAGUAAGAGAAAAAGAUCCUGGAUAUUUUUGUAAAGCCGCUUGUGCAACAGUUUGUAGCACCCAAACCAGUAUUUGGAUUAUAAGUGACAUACGUAGGAAAACUGAUAUUAAAUGGUUUACUGAAACUUAUUUGGACAAAGUUAAGACGAUAAGAAUAUCAGCUGAUCAGGAUAUUAGAAUACAAAGAGGAUGGGUUUUUCAAGAAGGAGUUGACAAUGUUACAUCAGAAUGCGAUUUGGAUAAUUGGAACUGUUGGGACCUACAAUUAAUGAAUAAUUCUCCAGACGAAGGAGAACAAAACAUAGAAAAAAUACUUAAAUUUAUUAAGUUAAAUACAUAA